GCCGCCCCUCGUCCCAGCGGUGGCCGCCCGCGCCAUGCAUCCUUCUUCUCCUCCUCCUCCUGCCCCUUCGAGGCGCUAAGUCAGUCUCAUGCUGCUGCUGCUCCGGGGGCUGAGGCUGGUCGCAGCCUUCUUGCUGCUGCCGGUCCGGGACUGGGCCUCUACCGCUGGGGGGCAGGACGAAACGGGCCUCUUCCUGCCUCCACUCAACGCCUCCUCCUCCUCCUCCUCGCCGUCGCCCCCCGAAUCCAAAACCACCGCCGGGGCCAUGGAGCUUGACCUGGAGGCGCCCCAGAUUGACGAGGACGCGGAAGACCCGGGAGAACCGGGAGACCCAGGUGGCCAGGAAGCCGCGGAGAGAAGCCACGCGACCCCGCCGUCUGACCCCAACUCGACCGCUUCCCCGGCUGCCUCCUCGGCCGCCUCCUCGGCCUCCUCCUCGGUAGCCUCCCCGAAUGACUCCUCGGCCCUGCCUGCCGCCGCCGCCGCCGCCGCCGCCGCUGCCGCCGCCGCCGCCUCGCCCCUGGCCGCCGCCGCCGCCUCGCCCUUGCCCGCCGUCGCCCGCGCCCCGGCGCACCAGGAGCAGCAGAGGGGUCCGGAGGCGGCGGAGCGGGGCGGUGGGGACCACGACGACGAGCAGCAGCAGGCGCCUCACCAGGAGCAGCAGCAGCCGCAGCAGCAGCAUCAGCACGAGGAGGCGCACUGCAACAUCAGUGUGCAGCGCCAGAUGUUGAGCUCCCUGCUGGUCCGCUGGAGCCGGCCCCUGGGCAUCCAGUGCGACCUGCUGCUCUUCUCCACCAACGGCCACGGCCGCGCCUUCUUCUCGGCCGCUUUCCACAGGGUGGGCCCGCCACUCCUCAUCGAACACCUGGGGCUGGCGGCCGGGGGUGCCCAGCAGGACCUGCGCCUCUGCGUGGGCUGCGGCUGGGUCCGGGGUCGCCGGCUGGGCCGCCUCCGGGGGGGGGCUGCGGCUGCCGCUGCCGCGGCUGCGGCGGCGGCGGCGGCGGCGGCUGCCGCUGCGGCGGCCACCAGCCCCGGCCCCGCUCCCGCUCCCGGCCCGGCCUCGGCCUCCGCCGCCUCCUCCGCAUCCGCCGCCGCCGCCGCUUCUUCGGCUGCUGCUGCAGCUUCUGCAUCGCUGCCCUCCUACCCCGCGGCCGAGCCGGGCCAGCUCUGGUGGCAAGGGGAGCCGCUGAAUUUCUGCUGCCUGGAUUUCAGCCUCGAGGAGCUCAAGGGCGAGCCCGGCUGGCGGCUGAACCGCAAGCCCAUCGAGUCCACGCUGGUGGCCUGCUUCAUGACCCUGGUCAUCAUCGUGUGGAGCGUGGCCGCCCUCAUCUGGCCGGUGCCCAUCAUCGCCGGCUUCCUCCCCAACGGCAUGGAGCAGAGGAGGACCACCGGCAGCAGCGGCGGCGGCGGCGGCGGCGGCGGCGGAGGGACCGGCGGCGGCGGCGGCGGCGGCGGCGGCAGCAGGGCCGGCGGGGCGGCCCCCCCUCCUCCUUCUCUUCCUCCCGCGGCGGCCGCCCGCGGCGUCACAUCUGGAACCGCUGCAGCCGCCGCCGCGGCCGCCGCGGCCGCCGCGGCCGUCACAUCGGGCACCGGGGCCAAGUAGCCCCCCGGGGUCCACCCCCCGCGACUUCCCCGAAUCUCCCCAGCCGCGGCUCCCCGCCACCUCUCGGGGCCCUUGCCUUCCCACUUCCAGCGUGACGGAGCUGCGGCUCCUCUCCUCCCAGCUCUUCGUGGUCCUCCUCCUCCUCCUCCCUCACCUCCUCCUCCUCCCUCACCCUCCUCCUCCUCCUCCUCCUCCUCCCUCACCCUCCUCUCUGCUCCUCCUUCCUCUUCUCCCUUUGACUAUGUUUGUUGUCUCUUGGGUGACUCACCCGGCGGUAUACUCGACAGGUUUUAUUCGUGCUGUAGUUACCAUUAAUUGUUCUUCUUUGGGGGGGAUGGGGUGGGAACGGGGAGGGGGGGGGCAAGAAACGGCCAACAGCUGUGGCAAACGCUUUCCUGUCUUUAAAAAGAAACGUCUGGGGUCACAUCCCAAAGCUUUGCAAGUCUAAUCCAAGUUCAUGGACCACAGCUACAUGAUGAGCACCUGUAAAGAGGGGUAGGGAUGUAUUGGGCAUCUUUCACGAUUCCUUCCUUAGGUUUCCCAAGCAAUGCAUACCUUCCUUCCCUCCCCACCCCGCCCCCAUGUACCCAACAUUCUUAGCAGAAAAAUGACCAAAUCCUGUGUAUUUGUUUUAUAUUUUUAAUAACUUUCAAAGGAAUGUUUUAGUAAACACACACACACACACACACACAGAAACACACACACACACACACACACACACACACAAGCCAAACUGCAGUCAUUGUAGUAAAAGGAGCUCUUUGUAUAUGCCCACAGAUGUAUUUGCAGUGUUUUGGGUUUGGGGGAGGGCUGGGUUUUUUUGUUGUUUUUUUUUUUUAUCAUUUACAAAGGGGAGAGUUUUGUGAGCAGGAUAUAAAAUUGAUAUAUUGCUACUGAGGAUUACUGGACUUUAAUGAACCUUCUUUCAAGUCUAUUUACCAAAUGAAGCCUUCUCUUGUGUAUUUCUUCUUGUAGCUCUGUGUUUCUUGGCUUUUAAUACAGACAUUUUCCUCCAGAAAUACAUGUGUACCUUUUUUUAUUUAUCUCAGAGAAUCAUGGAAUAUCAGAAUGGGGAAGGGACUUGAGAGAUCAAUUUAUUUCCACCCCUAAUUUUAAGCAGAUGAGGAAAUCAAGGUCGAUAAAGGUUAAGUAUUUCCCCCAAGGACACACAGAUGGCAUACCUAUAAACUGAUUUUUC